AUUGCUUAUCAACUGUUUAUUUGAAAUUUUCAUGUUCUAAUUUCUGAAAUGUGUGAAUUUGAAUGCAUCCAAGUAAUUAGGUCUACCCAUAGAAUUUCUAUCCAUGAACUUGAUGAGUAGUUGCCUGUAGUGGAGCUUGUUAAGUUUACAGCAGACUAUUUAAGUCUUAUGUUCAUCAUCUUAAACUACAAUGAACGGCAGUCACGGCAGCAGCACAGCUGACAGCAGCUUUGGAAUGACAUCCAAUUGUCUGACUACCUACAAAGAAACUCAGCGUAUUAGUCCCCACAUAACAGCACACAAGUCACUUGUUCCAAUGACAACAAUUCAGAGUUCUACUUUGCAAUCUUCCUUGUUAAAUUUGAGUGGCACACCUGCAAGUUCGUCCAAUUCUGCAUUGACGGCUGAGUUUCCAACUUAUAAAGUAAUGAGUGCUGGUAUCAAUAAUGGAAAUUCUAAUAUCCAAGAAAUAAAUCCAUCUACAAUUGCAAAAAUAUCACCUGCUGAUUAUGUGACAGUUGUUCAAAAAGAAAGGAGUCCCAUUGCAAGAGUGAUGAGCAGCUGUGUAAGAACUACCCUUACUAAUCUGGCACGAGUCAACCCUGAAGAUUUAUCUACUACAUCUGAUGGUAAAGUAAAUCCAACAUCUUCUUCAUCAUCUGUUUCUGCAAAUGAAUAUUCAAUUAGCUUGAGUCCACACAAGAUACAGCAGAAUCUUUAUACUUUGGCUGGACAAGUACCAGCAUCAUUUCUGCCGAAUGUCCUGGACCGUAACGGUGCAUUCUUCCGAGGAAGUGACUCGCCAAACUUGACUGGUCAACCUCAGGCAAUUCUCGUUUCUGGGUUGGUGACAUGUUCUGAUGCAGGUAUUGAGCACACUUCAAACCCAACAACCUUGUCUGCUCUUCCACCUUCAUCAACUUUUGUGGGAGAGGUCCUGGGUUUGGUUAACGAGCAUAGAAUAAAAAAGGAAGAAGAUGUUAUGUCUGUAAGGCCAGCAGCUGUAGUGCAGCAACAGCUCAUGUCAAUGCCUCAGCAAAAUGUGACAGCAUCACAGCAACACAGGGACCUUGUGAGACAAGCCUUACAAGCAGCUGUUGAAAAUGGAGCACCCAAAACUAAUGAACAAGAGCUCAUAGAGUACAGCUAUUCUGCUGGAGAUAUCCAAGAUCUUUUGAUGCUGAACCUUGCCAAUGGCACAUCCAGCAUCCAGCAAGGUUUACGUCAAAGCAGCAACACUGCAAGCAACAGCUUCCAUGUAUCACACCUGAGCAGUGCUGUGUCUUCACCCACAUCUGCUAGCAACGUUACAACCAUUGCUGGUCUUAACAUGAUAGACGCUACGACGGGUGCGUCAGUGAUAAUGAUGCCUACAAGCUGUUCGUCUCACUCGCAUUCAGAUCUUCUCACGAGCAGCAGUGGCGGCGGCAGCCUUUUAACGAGCGACCUUGCGAGCCAUCCCAGUCAUUUUAUUCAGGCCAAUGUUGACGGCGCCUCUUCCAUCAUCAUGGCCACUGCCAACUCAUCCUCCAAUCACGUAGAUGCUCUAAUUGCUCCUGGCACUAUUUUUGGCUCUGUUAACUUAAUGGAAAUAAAUUCACAAAAUGGCGUCAAUGUUCAAACGUUGAAUAAUUUAAAUGUUGGAGAAAGUUUAGCUAAUAGUGCAAGAAGCUCCUUAUCGUCUUCAGGCGGCGGCAGUCCGUCCAAAAACAGGAGAAAUAAAAGCACAAAGAUGUCCGAAACUGAUUUAAGCUUGAAACGAAUGAAGCUCGCGCAAGUCAUGAGGGAAAAACGCGCCAGUGAGACUGAAGAUCAGAAGAAGAAACGGAGGUUAAGAGAAGCUGAGAGAAUGCGACGAAGGAGAGCCAUGGAAAGUGAAGAACAGAAAGCCCAAAGACGAUUGGAGGCAGCUGAGCGAGCGAGGCUACGACGAGCAACAAUGAACGAGACUGAUCGUAUUUUGGACCGCAGAAAAGCGGCAGAAAGAAUGCGACAGCGACGCCUAAACGAAGGCGAGACUCAAAAACAAAUUCGCAGGAUGCGUGCCGCCGAGCGCAUGCGCAAAAGAAGGGCCGAGGAAACUCCCGAACAAAGGUCUUUCAGGAGGCGCAGUCUUGCCAACAUGAUGCGGACGCGUCGGCACAAGAAGCAACGAGAAGCUGUGUCCAACUGCUCGGCCAGCAACAGCCUUUCUGAUGACACAUACAAGAACGACUUGAUACCCGUGCGGCACUUGGAGGAUUUGUCAGCGGACCUUGAGGAAGUGAAGGCUCAGGAUCUGUCGAGUACAAUGCACCUUGACUCUCAAGUUCCCAUGCACUCUCCUGGACUCCUGCUGAAAGAUGAUGAUGACCAUAGAGUCGAUUAUAAUGAUGUGCUCAUGAUGAAUUCCAAGUAUGGUGGAGACCCACGUGAUCGUAAGCUCAUUGUUAUGGACGGCACUGAUUCAUCAAAACUUUCGAAUUGUGAGUCUCAUUUGUUGCCACUCGGGCUGACGACAACGAAUUCCGUCUCUGUGGCAAACGGCCUACAAAGAAGAAUCCCUGCCACAACCAGCCCUGGCAACGAUGCUCCGCACUUCUCCUCCCGUGUCGAGUAUGCAGACACUUCCUUCCGCACUUCAUCGCCCCAAAUCUCGUCAGUUGUAUUACCUCAAUAUUCGAGACUUACGCACAGCAAUGCUCCUUCAUCGCCAGUUCCUUCUUCUUCUCCUGAAUCAUUAAGCCAUCACAUUAGCUUGACAUCCCUUCAGCACUCCCAGGACCGGUUAUACUCUGCAUCAACAGUCUUUCCUACUGCAACAUCUUCGAUUUCCUCGCACGUUCCUGUCUUGCGGAGCGUGAGUUCUUCCGGGUCUGGAAUUUUAUAUGCACAAAAAAGCUCACACGCGUCCAGCAACGUUUCCACUAACAUUGUUUAUACUCAAGGAUGUCUACCGGCAAUACUCAGUUCUUCUCAAUUUGAUGAGGCUGAGAAUUUAUCCAAUACUGUCACUGAACUGACCCCAGUUGAUAGCUCAGUGCAGGACACGGAUCUUGGAUCAUCGAGAUGUAUUCCUGCCAGUAUAUUAUCAAGCAGUGCGAUAAUAAUGAAUGAAAGUAACGGCUCUGGAAAUAAUUCUCUUAUCAGUACGGGUAACACUAACAAUGUCUCUACCUCAGUAUUCAACAGCCGUUCUAUUCUAAAGCUGCAGAAUUCAUCAUCCCCGACUUCUUCUUCAACGUUCAAUGUUACGAAUUAUUGUGUCCAUGAUGAUCUCGGGAAUUCAGAUGGUUCUCCUGACACGUCGUUGCGUCAGUACCAACUGAAGAGUAGCAUUACUUCGCCUGUCGUGAUGUUAGCUUCAUCUCGUUCAUCGCCAGGACGAACGAUGCCUCAGAGAGUUAAUUCCUCCAAGAUAAAUAUUUCAAGUACGCCGAUCUCAGGUCAUGAGCUUCGAAACUCAGACUUUGCACGCAGCCAUUCUGAUCUCACAGUUAAUACGGCGGCGUCCACCACCGCCAAUUACAGCAGCACCAGAAACAUGAACCGCGUCACGAACGCUUCUUAUGCCAACAGCAAUACAACUUCAGUUUAUUCCUCAACUGCUAAUAACUCGUCCUCUUCAACGGGAGAUCCGACCACAACUGGCCAUUCUUCUGUAAUUAGUUCUCCCUCUACACUCACCACGAUCGUCCUCAAUCAAUCCGUGCCAAGUCAGCGAAGUCUUGCUAGCUAACAUGCGUUAUUCCUCCUGUAUGUAUGUAAAUGAAUUAUUUGUAUGUUUAUUAAUUACUAUCUAUUCCUUGAUUUUCUUGGCAAUAUUUACAAGAAGUAGUGUUUUAUUAUUGCACGUUUGUUCCUGUAUAAAAAAAUUGUUAUAUAUUUUAUUCGAUUC